GCAGCUGGAGGCUGGUGAUGGCCGCUCGUGUCCGGGGAUCUGUACCCGGUGUGGACUUUUGUGAGAACCAGUGCCCUGAGCAACCAAUCAGGAAGCUGCUCUCAUUUUCUAAACGCCUGUUGAUCACUAUGAUGUUCCCUCGGUUUGUGGCGCAGCGUCUCCCUCCCCCGUCUGGGCGCAGGCACUUCUGGGGGUGGCUGAACGCCGUAUUCAACAGGGUUGAUUACGAGCGCAUUAAGGAAGUUGGCCCUGACCGCGCGGCAUCAGAAUGGCUUUUGCGCUGUGGCGCUAAAGUACGUUACAAGGGAUUCGAUAAGUGGCAGCACGAUUACAACGGACUCCCCACCGGGCCCCUGGGAAAAUACAAGAUUCAGGGCAUCGACGCCACCGAGUCCUGCAUCAUGUGCCGAGGAUUCGACUACCUGGACGGUCUGGAGCAUCUCGAGGAGAUCAAGCUGUGUAAGUGCAUGUACAUCGAGGACGCCUGUCUGGAGAGAAUAAGUAAGAUCGAGAACCUACAGGAGAGCCUGCAAAGACUGGAGAUCAUCACCUGCGGCAACGUGAGCGACAAAGGAAUCAUAUCGCUGCACUCCUUGAGGAAUCUGCAGUACUUAUUUUUGAGUGAUCUGCCAGCGAUCAAGCAAAGGGAUGCGACUGUGCAGCUGCUGCAGAAUGCCAACCCUUCGCUGCAAGUCGAACUAGAUCUGGAUUAAGCGUUUUCUGGACUUCUUUUUUUUUUUUCUUGCAUUU